UCAGUCUCAAACCAAGUUUUCAAGCUUCCCUUUGAUUUCCUCAUAUUAAUACUCUCUCAAUCCAUUUUCUUGUCCAUCUUCUAGCUCGCUCAUUCCUCUCAGACAUUAAUCAUGGGAGCCUGUGCGAGCAGACCUAAGGAUUUGGACAGGGACUUGGCCCCUGCUCCUGUCCCUGCUGAGGACCCUGCCACCCCCAAGAAACCCGAGGGUGACUCUGUUCCCCAGGAGAAGAAAGAUGGAGAGGAAACAAAGAAGGAAGAGCCAUUGGUAGAUGUAUCAGAAGCAGCAGCAGAGGCUCCCAAGAUUGAGGAAGUAACCACAGAGACAAAGGCUGUUGUUGAGGAAACAGAAACUGUCACCAAAGAGGAAACAGCCAAACCAGCAGAGGAAGUCAAAGUUGAGGCUGUGAAAGAAGAGCCCAAGGAGCAGCAGCCAGCAGCAGAGGAGAAGAAAGAGGUAGCUGAGUAACCAAAAGAUGCUGAAACUGCUGCCCAGUAUAUAAUAAGAGCAAAAAAAGUGUUUGUCAAUCAAUGUAUAAAUAAAUAAUGGGCUUGAGAAUUUCUUUUCAAUCAUACGUUUAGCUAGUUGAUUGAUUUGUUGAGGCUCAUGUAAGUAAAUUAAGCGACAUUAUGUAAAAAAAACAUCAAAAAGUUUUUCUUGUA